UUUCUCUCUCCAUCUCCACCGACCCAAACUGCCAACGUAACUUGCCGCGGCAAGAUAAUGAUCGAAGGAAGAGCAGAAGAAAAUUCCAAAGUUAACGGGAACGGCAACGGAGACUGCACAAACAUCAUCAAGCGCAGCUCAUAGUUUAUGGGAGUGCAAGGGCUGUGGGAGCUACUCGCUCCCGUCGGCCGCCGCGUCUCCGUCGAAACCCUAGCCGGAAAGAAGCUCGCCAUCGACGCCAGCAUAUGGAUGGUCCAGUUCAUGAAGGCGAUGCGGGACGAAAAGGGGGAGAUGGUCCGCAACGCUCACAUCCUCGGCUUCUUCCGCAGGAUCUGCAAGCUCCUCUUCCUCCGGACAAAGCCUGUUUUCGUCUUCGACGGAGCCACCCCCGCCCUCAAGCGCCGCACUGUCGCUGCGCGCAGACGCCACCGUGAUAACGCCCGCGCUAAGAUCCGCAAGACCGCUGAGAAGCUCCUCCUCAAUCAUCUCAAGGCAAAGAGACUAGAAGAAUUGGCAGCGGAGAUUAAGCAGCAGAGGGGAGAAGCUAAGGAAAAGCCGAAUAAUGAUAAUGACUCAAAAGGCAAAAGGGUGUUGGAUUCGGAUAGUGAAAUUGGGACUGAGCCAAGUGGAAUCAGACCUAGUGGUGACAAAGGUUCUGGGGUCUCUUCCCAGGAAAACCUUGAUGAAUUACUGGCUGCAUCUCUUGCCGCUGAGGAAGAUAUGGAUGUCUCUACUAAUGUGCUUAAGCAUUCUGAAGGUGGUCAGGGUAAAGAGGGAGAUGAUGAUGAUUAUGAAAGUGAAGAAAUGAUUUUUCCUAUAGACAAUAUUCAAUUGGAUCCAGCAGUUUUAGCCUCAUUGCCUCCAUCAAUGCAACUUGAUCUUCUUGUUCAGAUGAGGGAGAGAAUCAUGGCUGAGAACAGGCAGAAAUAUCAGAAGAUUAAAAAGGCCCCUACUAAAUUUUCUGAGCUGCAAAUACAAUCAUAUCUUAAAACUAUUACUUUUAGGAGGGAGAUAGAUGAAAUACAGAAACGUGCAGCUGGUAGAGGUGUAGCUGGUGUGCAAACUUCAAGGAUUGCUUCUGAAGCGAACAGGGAGUUUAUCUUUUCGUCAUCAUUUACUGGUGAUAAACAGAUGCUUACAUCCAGAGGAAUUGCUAAUAGUGGAAAUCAGGAUCAUCAGGCCUUGGCCAAGCCAAGCACCUCAACAAAGUCGAGCUUCCUCGCUAGUCAGUCUAAAUUGCUAAAAGAUGUUUCUGUAGAUGGAAGUGCAAAAGAUUUUGGUCCUGAUGUUGAGACAUAUCUUGAUGAGAAAGGGCACCUUCGAGUUAGCAGAGUGAGAGGAUUGGGAAUUCGUAUGACUCGUGAUUUGCAGAGGAAUUUGGAUUUGAUGGAAGAGUAUGAGCAGGAGAAAAGAAAGAGAGAUAACUGCAUUGAUCCAGUGACUUCCUACACCCCAAAAGAAGUUGAAUCCGAAAGUCAUUCUGAAAAUGUUCAACUUACAGACACAUUUGUAAGUAGUGAAGGAACAGAUAAGAAAAUUCAUAACAAAGAGACUAUCCAUGGAUGUGAAAGUGCAAUUGAGAUAUCCUUCUUAGAUGAUGAUAAUGGGAUGAAUGAUGACUUCUUCAUGCAGUUAGUGUCUGGAGGUCAAACAUCUAACAUGCCAUCAGAAGGUGUUCAUUCAGACAAAAUUACAAAUGAUUCUGAGUCUGAUUCCAUCUGGAGUGAGGGUCUGGUUGAGGCGGUUAGCGAAAAUCCAAACAGUUUAGCAGAGGAGAUAAAUGGAAGUCCAAAAGCUGACUAUUGCGCAAGCAAAUCUACUUUAGCUGAGAACCCAUGUGAAGAAGCUGACAUGGAUUGGGCUGAAGGUGUUUGUCAUGAGCCUCAAGAAACUUUUCAUUGCCAAGGUGAAUCUGAAAAACAUGUUUCAAAAGGAUUGCUCGAGGAGGAAGCUGAUAUGCAAGAAGCAAUAAGGAGAAGUCUGGAAGAUUUUAAAGAUCACAAUUCCCCAACUGUUUCUUUAGUAAAUAAAGAUUUAGCAAGUUCAUUCACAGACCGGGGCUUUGAUGCUGAAAUUUCACAGAAUCUGAUAACAUCUGUUUGCCUAGACUCUAAUUCUGGAGCUAGCUUAUUGCAUAAUGAUGAAAAGUUGGAUAAUUCCAGCAAAAAAGAGGAUGAUAACAUAAUGACAUCACAGGCAAACAAUACUUCACCAUGCAAACCUUCUGAUGAACUCCAAAAUCAUUCUUAUUUGACUAAACCCAUGGAGGGAUCUUGUAAUGUUAAUUCUAAUACCAAUUCAAAGGCCAUGGAUAAUAACUCUAUAAUGGUUCUUGGUCUCUCUAUUCCUGAUGGUCGGAAUAGUUGUGGAUUGGAUCAGUCUUCUGGAGCAGGGAACAAUAAUUCAUUUUCUGAAAUUAUGGAGGAAUUGGUGGCUAAUGCUGGCAUAGAGCAACAUCAAGUUAUUGAGAAAACUAAUAUUGCUUCUAAUUUUAUGGUAGACCAAAGCAUGGAAAGUACUCUUAGUUAUCCAAUAGAAGUAUCUGAAGCUAGUCUGGACAAUGAAAUUUCACUACUUAGACAAGAACGUGCAGAUCUUGGUAAUGAGCAAAGGAUUCUUGAGCGCAAUGCCGAAUCUGUGAACAAUGAGAUGUUCGCUGAGUGUCAGGAACUAUUACAAAUGUUUGGAUUGCCUUACAUAAUUGCACCUACAGAAGCUGAAGCUCAAUGUGCUUAUAUGGAAAUGACAAAGCUUGUUGAUGGUGUUGUAACUGAUGAUUCUGAUGUCUUCUUGUUUGGGGCUCGAAGUGUCUUCAAGAACAUAUUUGAUGAUAGGAAGUAUGUUGAGACGUAUUUCAUGAAGGACAUUGAAUCUGAGCUUGGAUUAAAUCGAGAAAAUUUGAUCCGUAUGGCAAUGCUUCUUGGAAGUGAUUAUACAGAAGGAGUCAGUGGAAUUGGCAUUGUCAAUGCCAUUGAAGUUGUGCAUGCAUUUCCUGAGAAAGAUGGCCUCCAUAAAUUUAGGGAAUGGGUUGAGUCUCCUGAUCCAAAUAUAUUUGAUGAACUUGGAACUGGUAAGAAGUCAAAAAAGGAAUCCUCAAAAGAAAACAAUGACGCAAAUCUAAUGAAAGAGAGUGUUGAGGGUGAUGCAAUCAAGAACCCUUCUGGCAAUGGGGCCGUCAAAGACAUCUUUAUGGAUAAGCAUAGAAAUGUGAGCAAGAAUUGGCAUAUUUCUCCAUCAUUUCCUAGUGAUGCAGUUAUUAAUGCAUAUACAUCACCUCAAAUUGAUGAAUCAACUGAACCUUUCAUGUGGGGAAAGCCAGAUUUGCCUUUACUUCGCAAGUUGUGUUGGGAAAAGUUUGGGUGGACUAAUCAGAAGGCUGAUGAGUUACUUGUACCAGUUCUGAAGGAGUACAACAAGCAUGAGACGCAAUUGCGGCUGGAAGCAUUCUACACAUUCAAUGAAAGGUUUGCAAAAAUACGUAGCCAGCGAAUUAAGAAGGCUUUGAAAGGAAUGACAGACAACUUGUCACCUGAGUUGACUGAUGAUCUUGUUAAAGAGGCACCCAGUUCUAGUAGAAAAAUAGCAAAAGUAUCACAGGAACAUAUACCUGAGAAUUCUUCUGGUCAUAACUUCAAAAGAAGGAAAACUCGAAAACAAUCAAUAGCACAGGAAUCUGGAAAAGAGAUUGUGGAUCCAGAUGCUGUGGUUGAAGAUUCACUGAAUUCUGAACAAUGUAAAGUAGUUGAUAAUAAUUUUUUGAGUGUGAAUAAGACUGGGAAAGAGGGAAGAGGAAGGGGAAGGGGAAGGGGAAGGGGAAGGGGAAGGGGGAGGGAUAGCAGUCGAAGAAAGAGUGUGCUGAAGUCUGACUCUGAAUGUAGUAAUAAUGGAAAAAAUAAUGAUUCUAUUGCUGAUAUUCAAGUGGGAAAUCAAGCUGAAGUGCCCAGAGCAAUUUUAGAAUUGCGUAGAUCCAGCAGGCUGCUGAAACAAGUUAAAUAUGCAGAAGAUUUUGGAGCCGAUGAAAAUGGUAGGACUUCAAACCAGUAUAGUAGUGAGCUGCAAGAAGUUGCAAGAGAGCAGGACCGAAGUGAUAAUGACAGUGCGCAUAGAAUUGGGCAUUCUGCCAAUAUUGACAAAGGAACAUGUUCAUUUUCAGAGGAUUGCCCUUCCCGAGAGCAUCUUUUCUCAGGCGGUGGGUUUUGUGUUGAUGAGAAUGAUGGAAAAGAUAAUAUGGACCAGAUUGCUGCCAACCAAACACAUGGUUCAACAGAGAUUCAUUUUGAAGAUAGGCAUGGAGAUGCUAGCUAUGACCUCAAGCAUGCUCUGGAGGAAGCAUCUUGUGGAGAGUAUUUGCUUAGUGGUGGUGGUUUCUGCAUUGAUGAGAAUAAUGAAAGAGUUGUUGCAACUCAGUCAGCUAUAACUAACAUCAGAGAUUUGGAGCUUGCUAAGAACUCUGAAGAUCCUGAAAAUAUUGGCUUGGAUAAUUUUGAGAAAGACGACACCAACAAAGAGUUGGAUCCUCAAAUUCAUUCAGUGCUUGAUGAAAAUAUUAGUUUGCGUUCUUAUGGUCAUACCAACUCUGGUUUAAGUGCUAUGUCUUCCUUAAGACGGAAGCGGUGGAGAAAAUGAAUAGGUAUGACAGUCUUGCAGAUAACUAUUCGAAACAGGUUCAAUGUUUGAAAGAUUUUGGCAUGGAGGUACAGAUAGCUGUAAAUGAGUGAUCACUUUGAUGGCUAUUGUUCAUUUGAAAUAUAAAGCAAGUUGUAGAGGCAUGGCUAUGUUAGGCAGCCUUCGCUUCACUGAGAUACUAGGAGCCAGCACUAGGUCACCUUUUCAUUGUUUAUUUGAAUUAUACAUGAUUCAGUAUCACCACGGGUGAUGUAGUUUAUGGAAAAUGUAAAGAUAGACGUGAAGCAGUUUGUAGUCCUGGAAGAGUUUUUUUUUUCCUUUGUUAUCUGAAAUUGCAAAAUCCAAAAUGCAAUUAUGUGGAAAAA